AUGUCGGCCAAUGCGGUAGCCAAAGCCGCAGGCGGCGUCGUCAACAUUGCCAAGAAGCAGACCCUCCAAUCCACCGGCAUCUGGGAAACCUUCCGCAAGGCCGUCGCCAUCGACCCGAACCGCUCCAACGGCGUGCCGCUGAACCCGUACUACCGCCUCCCCGCGCCGGGCUCCAACGACCCGGCCUCGUUCGAGGACCCCGUCACGCUGCCCGCCGCGGACAUUGCCGGAAACCCGUACUGGAAGCGCGACUCGCGCCGCAACUACCCGCAGCUGAGCGUGGUCGGGCAGGCCGACGUGGCGGGCCUGCUGGCGGUCGGCAGCGCGGCCAGCCCCAAGGUCGAGCUGGUCGGCGAGGCGGGCGAGAAGGCGCUGGUGGCGGCGAGGCAGGAGGGCGAGACGGCGGGCCUGGCGGGCGCGCUGGCAAAGGCGGCGCCCGCGGAGGUCGCCAAGGACUUGUUCGUCAACGGUCUGCCGCCGCUGCCGAGCGGGCAGUCGCUCGCGUCGGGCGAGUGGAGCGUCCACAAGUACAAGCUGACCGAGCGGUCGUAUCCUGAUGGAUAUCCUUGCAGAUCAUUUCAAUAG